AUGACCACUCUUUUCACCAUUCCGAUCACUUCCACCGGCGGCACGAUCGUGUGCACCAACCCAACUGCGAAACAUGGAGCCGAGACCAAAGAAAACAUCUACCUGUUGACCUUUACAUCACCCAAGGACAACCGGUUGACUCCGACGUUUAUCGAUGCCUUUAUUCUCGCCUUGGACAUCAUUGAGCACCGCUAUCCCAAGGGCGUGGUCGUGACGACGAGCGGUAUCCCUAAAUUCUACAGCAAUGGACUCGAUUUGGAGCUGGUGAUGAUCACGGAAGGCUUCCUCGAAAAAUGGUUGUGGCGGCUAUUCCGCAAGCUUCUCACGUACCCCAUGCCUACGAUAUGUCUCUUGAACGGACACGCGUUUGCCGGUGGCUUCAUGCUAGCCAUGUACCACGACUACCGCAUCCAGAACCCCAACAAGGGCUUCCUCUGCGUCAACGAGUUGGAAUUCGGAGUCCCACUCCAAACACCCAUGAUGUCCAUUUUCCGCGAGAAGCUGACGCCCACGACAUUCCGAAAUGUGGUUCUCGAAGCUCACCGAUUCGGUGGACACGAGUCCUUGAAGGCCGGCAUUGUCGAUGCGGUGGGUGGGUUGGAGGAGGUUGUUUCCCUGGUCCGGGAUCGCAAGCUUCUGAAUAAAGCAGAGACGGGGAUCUACGGGACUAUGAAAGAAGAAAUGUAUGCUCGGGUUCUGGAUGGACUGGAUGAUCAUAAGGGUAAUCUGGUCUGGCGUGAGAAGGUGGAGGUGCGGAAUGCGGCGCUGAGGGAAGAGGGAUUGAAACGAGUUGCGAUCUGGGAAAAGUCCCCUAUAUCGAAGCUGUGA